GCCAUUUGCACCGAGCCCAGCAUGAGCGACGACGAGAUCGACCCGCUGGACGCGUUCAUGGCCGGAAUCGAGGCCCAGGUCGAGGUCGAGAAGGCAGAGCGCCGGCCUCGGAUCGAGCGAUGUACCUUCGAGGAGGAAGAGAAGGACGCGACGACGGCCAAGGCCAUGCCCAGCGCUGCCCAAGUGUUUGAGGAAGACGUCGAGGACCGCAUGAGCAAGAACCAAGACAUGCAAGAGAUCGAAGCGCUCGACCACUCGAAGAUCGCGUAUGAGCCAUUCCGGAAAGCGUUCUUCAAGCCGACCAUUGCAAUGACGCCAGAAGAGGUGCAAGCGGCGCGGCGCGAGCUCGACAUUCGGGUCGAGCUGCCGGUCGGGUGCGACGACGUGGGGCCGAUCCGAUCGUUCAUGCACGCCGGCUUUAGCCGCCAGAUCCUCGCGUUGCUCAUGAAGCAUGGUCUCGAAGCGCCGACGCCGAUUCAGUCCCAAGCGUUCCCGCUGGCGCUUUCGGGGCGCGACCUCAUAGCGAUCGCGCAGACCGGGUCCGGGAAGACGCUCUCGUUCGUGCUGCCAAUGAUGGUGCACAUCAUGGACCAGCGGUAUCUCGAGAAGGACGAGGGACCGAUAGCGAUUGUGCUCUCGCCGACGCGGGAGCUCGCCCAUCAGAUCUACGUUGAAGCCAAGAAGUUUAGCAUGGACGCCAACUGCGCAGCCAUUUACGGCGGUGCGGGCAACAAGUGGGACCAGAUCCAGUCACUCAAGAAGGGCGCGGAGAUCGUCGUCGCGACGCCUGGUCGCCUCCUCGAGCAUCUCCGGAAGCGCGUCAUCAAGUCCCUUUCUCGGGUCACCUUUGUCGUCCUUGACGAAGCCGACCGCAUGUUUGAGAUGGGCUUCGAAGCACAGCUCCGGUCCAUCUUGGGGCAGAUUCGACCCGAUCGACAGACGCUGCUCUUCUCGGCGACCUUUCGCAAGCGCAUAGAGGCUUUGGCGCGCGACGUGCUGACCAAGCCCGCCAAGAUCAUUGUGGGGACCGUCGGGCAGGCCAACGAUGAAAUCAAGCAAGUCGCGGUUGUGCUCCCAAACCCCGCAGCCAAGUGGAAUUGGCUCAUUGCAAAGCUUCCGGAGCUCGUAUCGCAAGGAAAGCUCCUCGUUUUUGUCAGUAGCAAGGCUGGCGUGGACGAAGUCUCGACGAACCUCAACGACCACCCGAUCAAACUCACUUGCGUGUCGCUCCACGGUGACAAGUCGCAGUACGACCGAUCCGACGCGCUCCAUCGCUUCAAAACGAGCGCGUGUCCGAUUCUGAUUGCAACGGACGUGGCGGCGCGCGGUCUCGACAUCAAGGACGUUCGCAACGUUGUCAACUACGACGCAGCCAAGUCGAUCGACACACACGUGCACCGCAUCGGGCGCACGGGCCGCAUGGGCGUCGACGGCGUUGCGCCAGGCACCGCGUAUACGCUCUUGACACCGAACGACGUCGAGUUUGCCGGCCACCUCGUCAACAACAUGGACGGCUCGCGCCAAAGCGUCGUCGGCUCGGACCUCCUCCACCUUGCGGCGCGGUCUCCCCACUUUCAUCGCCGCCACGCACCGCGCGCUUCCCAUCCGGACGAUGACGACGACGACGAGAUUGAUGCCGUCGAGCGCGAGUAUGCGAUGGCCAUGACGCAACCAAAGUCCAAGCAGGAGCAGCGCCAGGGCCUCGGCUUUGGUUUUCAGAGCAAAAAGAAGGGCGGACCACCCGCAAAGCGAGGCAUGGGCCUCGGAUUCGUGGCGGCGUCCAGUGCCAGCAAAGCCAGCGCGGCCGCUCCGAUGUGCAUCGAACAGACCUUUGGCUUUGUACGGGGCUCAGCCCCGCCGGCGCACCACCCACCUCCAGCGUACCACCCUCCACCAGCGUUCAGCCCACCUCCAGCGUACAGCCCUCCACCAGCGUACAGCCCGCCGCCCGAGUCCCGUCCCGCUGCUGUCGUAGGUAGCAGUAGUAGCAGUAGCGGUAGUGGUCUCGCCCAUGUGCCCGAGCGGAAACGCAGUCGGUGGGGUAUGCGCGAAGCCGACGCGGUCGUCGAGCCCGCGCCCCGGGUCAAGAAGAGUCGAUGGGGGCCCGCGACGUAAUACGAUUGCAAUCCUUUCAGCAUUCUCAUCAUCAUCACGCA